AUUAAACAAAUCCAAUAGUAAAAUGCCGCCCAAACAUCGAACUCUAUAUAAACGCGUCAAACUGCGUUUUUUCUCUUCUUUCUUUUUCAACAAAUAACAACAUUCAAUUCUUCUUCAUCCUUAUCUUCAAUUUCAUGCUUCUCAUGUUUAACCUCUCAUUUCUUAAUUGAGUUGCUGCUCAAUCAAAGGUGUGGAAUCAUUUUAAAGAAGACAUUCAAAUUCACUGUCAUUGUUAAUACUUAAAGAUGGCUUUACAUGAGCAUUCAGAUGUUUUUCAGUGGGGUAUGAAUCUAUUUGAUGUCGAUCCUUGUUAUAGUCCUGGAUACUAUGGUGACAUAAUUCAACAUGACACUGGUGAUGUCUACCAUGAACACUACUUUCACAGCAAUUAUGAUUCUGCUGAAAGUAACCAAGUAGAGAAUGAUGAGAUCAUUGCACGGACUCUUCAAGAAGAGUUUUCACAGCUUGAGAUCGCUGAUGAGCGUUCAAGUUAUUCACAGGCAGAUGUAGAACAGUUUAAUGCUUCUGUGCCUUCAUAUGAUUGGCAUAACACACCGAUGAUGAACUAUUGUUCAGGAGGUAUCGGUAAAUGUCAUGAUUAUGUCCAUGAAGGAGUUGGUGAUGUAGAAACUUCUAGUUCAAGUAGUCCUGGUGAAGUUGGGGGAUGCUCAUUGGAGCUUGUUGACAAUUAUCCAUUUGAUGAUGAAAUAGGAAGGAGAUUGAAUGAGAUAACUCCCAUACCUCACAUUCCAAAAAUUAAUGGAGAAAUUCCUUCUAUUGAUGAAGCAACAUCGGAUCAUGAAAGGCUUCUGGAUAGAUUGCGAUUAUAUGACUUUGUGGAGCAUAAGGUACAAGGUGAUGGAAAUUGUCAGGUUUGUUGCUUUCAAUAUUUACUUUCACAAUUAGUCGGUCUUAGAGCCGGAUACCAAGUUUUAAAAAAAAAAAAAUAUAUUCACUUUCACAAUUUCAUUCCUCGAUGUGUGCAGAGUGACUUUAUUUCUACAUUUCAAAUCAUAAAAUUCAUUUCAGCUGAUAAGUUUCUACAUUCAUCAAUUAAUAAUUCUUUUAGCUUUAUUUCUUAUCAGUUUCGUGCAUUAUCUGAUCAAUUGUAUAACACUCCUGAUAACCAUAAGUUUGUGAGACGGAAAGUUGUAAAUCAGCUAAAGUCUCAUCCAGAUAUUUAUGAAGGAUACGUUCCCAUGAAAUUUAGUGAAUAUUUGGAAAAUAUGUCUAGGAGUGGUGAAUGGGGCGAUCAUGUCACUCUUCAAGCAGCUGCAGAUUUGUAUGGUGUAAGAAUAUUUUUGAUGACUUCUUUCAAGGACACAUGUUGCAUUGAGAUUCUUCCUAGUUUUGAGAAGCCAAAAGGAGUAAUUUUCAUAAGUUUUUGGGCAGAGGUGCAUUACAACUCCAUCUAUCCUCAAGGAGUUCAGAUAUAACUUCAUGUGAGUCAAGAAAGAAGAAAAGGUGGUGGAGCUUUGAGACCAAGCAUCAAUAGUGUGGCUGGCCUAGAGAACACCAAUUUUCAUUCUGCAUCUGUGCCUAAAGUUUUGGUGCCCCUGCAUUUUGGAGUUGGACCAUUGGAUUUUAUAUCCAAAUAAAUUCAUCUAAGAGUUAGCCAAACAGUCAAUAAAGAUUCCAUAUCCAAAUUUAUCCCAUUUCAAUGCUGAUGAUUUAUGCAUUGGCAUUUUGGAUGUUUUCUGAAAUAAAUCAGUUUUUAUACAUAAAGGGUUAAAGUGUAACAGGUAAAUAAAUUACAUAAUUUAUUGUGCCAAAGAUUUUGUUUUUUUCAUUGAUUUACUUGUUUCGUUGAUGCAUUACUUUUUUGUAACAUCUAUAAAACAUAGCAGUACUCCAAUAAUGCAAUACUGUGUCACAUGAAAAUCUUUUGAUGUUAUCAAUCACAAUAGUCUAGGGAGUCUUUUUAAUGCUGAUUAAAUCCCAAUAUUACAAUUUCCCCUUAUAGUGUAACGAUGUAAGUAAGAUUUCAGAUA